GGGAGGUGGCUUUUGCUGUUUCUGUCCCACCACCAACUCCUGAAUGGAUUUCAAAGAACACUAUCAAUGACUUGGGUUUCUCUGCCACUGCAGCAGUGAAUCAAUUGUGGGGUCAGGGGUCAGGAAUUGUGCUUGUCUUCUGAGAAGCGGGUUUGGCUCCUACUGCUGAAAUGUCUCUGUGCUGACUCAUUUCUCUGGAAGACACACAUGCUUUUCAGUAAGCCUCUGCUAGUAUUGACGCGCUUCUUCAGUAGCAUAGUAGCACUCUCUGUCACUUGGAUACCGGAGAAUUCCUCUGUGAGUGAAAUAAUGUGACAUCUCACAUCAUGUGCCUUUCCCUGGCGGGGCGAACAGGGAAGAAGACCAAGCGCAUGGACUGGAGAGGGGAAGGUAGCGCUCAGAAAACAGAGCCACACGUGCUGCAGGAGCUGCGGGAGCGACAAGUCAUCCUCAAGGACACAGGCGAGGAUGGCAUCUCUGAAAGCUUCCAGCUUCUACAGAUUGACGUGGAAUGUGAGCAUCAGGAGAAGGAGACCCGGCCCACAGACAGUGCCGUGUGGUGCUCGAAAAAUGUCCAAAGAAAACAGAGACACUGGGAGAAGAUAGUUGCAGCAAAGAAGAGCAAAAGAAAACAAGAAAAAGAAAGAAGAAAAGCCAACCGUGUAGAAAAUUCAGGUAACAAUGAAUCAGGCAUCUGCCCCCAGCACAGCAAACGUUUUCUGAGAUCCUUGACUAAGGAGAAACUCUUGGAAGCCAAGCACUCAGGACCGAGACUCUGCAUCGACUUGAGUAUGACCCACCACAUGUCUAAGAAGGAACUAAGCAGACUGGCCGGGCAGAUCCGGAGGCUGUAUGGUUCGAACAAGAAAGCGGACAGGCCCUUCUGGAUCUGCCUCACGGGGUUCGCGACAGGCAGCCCCCUGUAUGAAGAGUGUUUGCGGAUGAAUGAUGGCUUUUCUAGUUACCUGCUAGACAGGACAGAAGAAGACUGCUUUAGUGUAUUCCCCCUGGAGACCCUUGUGUACCUGACUCCGGACUCAGAACACGCUCUUGAAGACGUUGAUCUAAACAAAGUUUACAUCCUCGGCGGACUUGUGGAUGAAAGCAUUCAGAAGAAGGUGACAUUUCAAAAGGCCCGAGAACACUCUGUCAAGACAGCCCGCUUGCCGAUCCAGGAAUACAUGGUCAGACGCCAGAAUGGGAAAAACUAUCACUCAGAGAUACUGACCAUCAACCAAGUGUUUGAUGUCCUGUCCACUUACUUCGAGACUCAAAACUGGCCUGAAGCAUUGAAGAAAGGAGUUUCUUCCAGAAAAGGCUAUGUUCUUCGGGACUCAGUGGAGUGACGGACAGCCCACGACUGCAGCUGCAGGAGGCGGAGUGGCUGGAGGG